UCUAAUAUGGCAUCGGAAGAAUAACUCUCUCUCUUCCGCUGUCAUCUUCGCAAUAUGCCAUUUUUGCCGACUGAUCCAUCACUUCCAUCCGAUACUGAUCCUUCUCUUCCGACUGCUCCACCACUUCCAUCUUAUUCUUCCUCAACCGAUUUACUGAAAUCUGCUUCAGAUUCUUCUUCUUAGAGUCCAUACUAUCUCCAUCACAAUGAUACUUUCAACUUAGUUCUUGUGACAGGAUUGCUCACCAACGACAACUAUGUUUCUUGGAGUCGUUUGAUGAUUAUUGCGCUUUCCAUUAAUAAUAAGCUUGGAUUUACCAAUGGAUCUUUAUCGAAGCCUACUGGUACUCUUAUUGCUUCUUGGACUCGUAAUAAUUGUGUUUUAAUUACCUGUAUUUUGAACUUUGUUUCAAAAUCAAUUUCUGCUAGCCUCAUCUUCUCCGAUUCGGCACACGCUAUUUGGCUUGAUCUGAAGGAGGGAUUUCAGCGUAAGAAUGGCCCUAGAAUUUUUAAACUUAAGCAAGAUUUGGCAACGAUAACGCAAGAUCAACAAUCUGUUUCCAUGUAUUUUACUCGGCUUAAAAGUGUUUGGGAUGAAUACAUGACUUAUCGACCUGCUUGGUCAUGUGGCAAAUGCUCUUGUGAAGGAAAUCAAUCUAUUGAAGAAUUUGUUCAAUAUGAAUAUCUCAUGAGUUUUCUCAUAGGUUUAAAUGAGUCUUUCACUUCUACCAGGGCUCAAAUUUUGUUGAUUGAUCCGACUCCUAGCAUCAACAAGGCUUUUUCUCUCGUAUCUCAGUAGAAACAACAAUGUUCCAUUCCUAUCCUUUCAUCACCCGAUCUCGGCUGUUGGCCUUGUAGUUGCUCAAUCUCGAAGUUUGUCUUCCUCUGCUUCGACUAAUCGAUCUGGCAAAUCUCGUCCUAUUUGCACGCAUUGUGGUCUUCAAGACCACACGGUUGACCAUUGCUACAAGUUACAUGGAUAUCCUCCUGGAUAUCAGGAGAAAUGAGAUCAACGACAUUCUGGUGUUUCUUUGACACCGCUUGUUACAUCUGCCUCUCCUUCAACACUUACUGUUGUUGCCAAUGUUGUCUCUUCUCAGGCUCCUUCGACUACUAUAAGCACUCCUGAUACUUCGGCUCAAUGUCGUAAUAUUCUAGUCAUGCUUCAAUCUCAGCUUCCUGCCAUCAAAUCUGAUUCACCAGCACUCAAUUCCUUUUAUUUGGCAGAGGAAAUGUCCACUUUGAGGAUGAUUGGCAAAGGUAAAUUUUGUGAUGGCCUUUACCUCUUAGAGUCUUCUGUUGCUUCCUACUCUGCUGCUAUUUCUUUUCCAACUAUUGUCACUCAUGUCACAGUUCGAGAUCCUACUACUUUAUGGCAUGCCAGGCUUGACCAUCUCUCUCAUCAUCAUUUACUUGCUUUGAAGUCUUUUCUACAUACUGCUGUUUUUCAGUCACCUCAUAAUGACUCCUGCAAAAAAAGGAGAUUGCCUUUUACUUCUCAUAGCCACUUAUCUGUUGCUGCUUUUGACCUUGUUCACGCAUACAUUUGGGCAUCUUUUGCUACUGUUUCACAUACUGGUUAUUCCUAUUUUCUUUCAAUUGUAGACGAUUAUACUUGUUAUACGUGGGUUUAUCUACUCCGAAAAAAAUCAAAUGUUUUGCAAAUUGUACCUCAGUUUUUUCACCUUGUUCAAACUUAGUACAAUAAAUGUAUCAAGCUGUUUCAGUAUGAUAAUGCCCUUGAAUUACGUUUUGAGUAGUUUUUUAAGGAUAAAGGUGUAUUGCAUCAAUUUUCUUGUGUUGCUCGGCCCAAGCAAAAUUCUGUUGUUUAGAGAAAGCAUCAAUAUAUAUUGAAUGUUGCACGAGCAUUAUAUUUUCAAUCUCAGGUUCCCAUUUCAUUUUGGAGUGAGUGCAUUCUUACUACAGUAUUUCUUAUUAAUCGUACUCCUUCUCGGCUUUUGCAUUGGGACACUCCCUUUAGUCGUUUGAAUGGGGUUGCUACUGACUAUUCUCAACUGAAGGUUUUUGGGUGCUUAUGCUUUGCAUCAACAUUGCCAUCUAGUCGUUCUAAAUUUGCCCCUCGAGCAUUGCCUGUUAUUUUUCUUGGCUAUCCUCCAACAUAAAGGCUUUUCGCCUUUUUGAUAUUGAAAACCAAAAGAUCUCCACCUCUUGGGACAUUGUUUUUCACGAACAAGUCGUCCCUUUCCAUACUAUUAUACUUGAGUCUGCUGUCCCAGAUUUUUUAUAUGGUUUCUCUCUUCCCCGUGAUUUUGAUAUUAAUUCUGGGGAUGUUGGGUCUGAUUAAUCUAAUACAGUU